AUCAGCCAGGUGAUCAUUCUAAUUUCCCGUGCCGGACCUUGUAAUAAGGGAAGGCAGUCGGUCCUUCUUGUUCAAGCGCAUAACCCAAACUCUGGCAUUCUGUCACAAAGAUCUGGUUGACAGAUGGGCCUGCAGAAAGAACGAGACGAUUCUGUGAAUUUAUCCUGAUGCCCUUUAAUCGGGGCUCCGUUUGAUUUCGAUCUCAAUGAGGAACAAGUAUUGGCAUGAUGCAAUAGAGAACAGUAGCAGAAAAAGCAGGCGAAGAUGUCACCUGCUCAAGGACGUGCCGGCUAAUUCGAAUUAAUCUUAUCCCCAUCAAACAAUCAAGCAAGAUUUUUACAACCCGGCGUUCGGCGAGUCUCGAGCAUACCUCAUUCAUGUCAUUCACAAGCUUGUAACACAGCAUCUCAUUUAUCUGUGUCACUAUGCCUGCAGUUUCGAAGCUUGUGCCAGAGGAGACUGUAUUCUUCCUCUGCGACGUGCAAACACGUUUCAAAAAUCUCAUUGUCGGUAUUGAUGAGCUGGUGUUGACGAUCAACAAGAUGCUCAAGAUAGCAAAGGCGUUGGAGAUCCCCGUGGUUGUCACGGAACAGAAUCCCAAAGGCCUCGGAAACACCAUCCCCGAAAUCGAUUUACCUUCCCUAGGGCCCCUUCUCGUUGCUACUAUCGCGAAAGGGCUCUUCUCCAUGAUGACGCCGGAAGUGAAGGCCAUACUCCACGAACGCCCACAAAUAAAAUCUGUGGUGCUUUUUGGCAUCGAGUCACAAGUUUGCGUGUUACAAUCUGCUCUAGACUUAAUUGAGGCGGGAUAUAAUGUCCACGUGAUAGCAGAUGGCGUCUCUAGCUCUAACAAAGAGGAGAUUCCUUUUGCACUGGCGAGGAUUCGACAGAGUGGUGGAUACAUCACCACUAGCGAGAGUAUGGCCUUUCAACUGCAACGGGAUGCUGGUCUUUCCGGAUUCAAACUGUUUUCGAACAUCAUGAAGGAAGAGAAGGAUAACACGGUAAGAACCUCGCAGAAGAUGCUACGACACCGCUCCUUCUUGUAGAGUUGUUUACCCCAGUUGUAUCAUAUUCUCCGAAUCGAAAAGGCAGGGCCUUUUCUCAGUCGGUCUGGC